AUGAAUGUCAAACUUAAAGAUUCACCAAUGAAAGAUGCUCACGCCUUUGUGGACUUUUCUGACGAGGUAUGGCUCCAGAUAUUUAAGUAUUUAUCAACUUUUGAUCUUUUGAAAUUUCAAUUGUUAACUAAAAGGCUCAAUAAUCUAAGUAAUCAAGUAUUAUGGCACUCGAUAUAUGUGUAUCACCCCUCCGACAUCCGUGCAGGCAAUCCAUGGCGCAACCAUACGUGGAUGAAGUCCCUCUAUAUCGACGAUCCGGUGUCCUUUGAAGUCAAGGUAAAACUUAGUUUGAAGACUCUAUAUCUUGGAAAUACAGCGGAUGGCUGGAUUAUUUAUAAGAUUCUUCAAAAUUUUGACAUACUGAAAUUGGAAUCGUUGCUGAUUAGAAAGGUCCCUACAAACUGGAAUGAAUGGAGUCAGAACCUUGUUUCAAUUAAGGAGAUUGAACUUGAGGACACGAUAAAGCAUUUGCCGUAUUACUCUCUCGGUGAAGUCCAUUACAUCAAAGAUAUCCCGUAUAGUGACUUGGAGUUUUUAAAGUAUCAUCCAAUAACUUAUUUGUCAGUGGGCAGUCCCUCUAAUGUUGAUCCAUCAAGUAUGACAGUAUUGAAGAGCAUCCCCACUAUAAGAAAAUUGAAGUUACACGAUAAGGCUUAUAGAGUUGAGUGCUCGAUGGGAGAUGCUCGAUUCACUGAAAUAAAAACGAGCUACGAUUUUGAAUAA